AGUCGUCGGGUUGUAGAAGAUGUCCGCCGCGGGUGCUGGAGGUUGCGGACCCGGACCAGGACCCAGCGCCGGUCCUGGAUCCGGGGCCUCCAACCCACGUAAGUUCAGCGAGAAAAUAGCUCUGCAUACUCAGCGUCAGGCCGAGGAGACAGCUGCAUUUCAGGAGGUUAUGAUGGACAUUACCUCGACACGGAUUCAAGCUCAAAAGGUGCGGCUGGCUAGAACGCAGGGGCCUUACUAUGGUGGCUCUCUACCAAACGUCAAUCAGAUCGGCAGGAACGCCCACGACCUUCAGGGCCCAUUCCACUCUAACCUUGACUCGAGUCGAUCUACACGGCACCAUGGCCUGGUGGAGAGAGUCCACAGAGAAAGACGCUUCAUCUCCCCUAGCCGACCAUACAGGAGACAAAUGGACAGCUCUCAUUGCAGCUCUGCGUACCUCUCGCCACCUCCUGACCCCAGCUGGAGAAGGAACUGGUCCAGUAAUUUCUCCAUGGACAAGAACCCGUUGUUCCGUCUUCCCACCACAGCACUCAACAGAACGAACUCAGACUCUGCACUGCACACCAGUGUGAUGAAUCCCCCCACUGGAGAUCCCUUCAGUGCAGGACACAACCUAAACCCUCAGGGGCGGCGCAGUGGUUUGACAGAGAGUGAGGGACGAAGGAUGUUCCCAUACCCAGUUCCUCCCAUAGAGGAGAAUGUGUUAGAUGAAGGAAAACUCCUGAAACCGUGGGACGCUAAAAAGUUACCCAUGCUGUCCUCACGACCAAAAUCUUGUGAAGUCCCUGGAAUCACCAUUUUCCCCUCACCAGACCAGCAGUCCAGUGCCCCUCAUGUCCCGUCUGCUAUGAAUACUGGGGGUUCCCUACCUGAUUUGUCUAGUCUGCACUUUCCCUCCCCACUACCAACACCACUCGACCCAGAUGAGCCUGGCUAUCCCUCCCUCAGCGGAGGCAACAGCACUGGCAACCUGGCCUCCACUCUCACUCAACUCGGAAUCAAUACCACCAACGCCUUCCACUCUCCAGGUCUCCUGGCCUCUUUACAGGGCACACUCAGUAAUCCUUCCCUUCAGUCGUCACUUAGCAACCCAAAUAUCCAGUCAUCUCUGAGCAGCCACUCUUUCCCCAACUCCCUUAGCUCCACCUCCCUACAGUCAUCACUUAGCAAUCCCUCCCUGCAGUCCUCCCUUAGCUCCUCCCCUUCUUUGCAGUCAUCCCUCAGCAACCAGUCCUUGCAGUCCUCUUUGAGUAACUCUUCCCUAAGUGGACAGUCCCUUCAGUCAGCACCUAGUGCUGUGGGUGGGUCAGGCUCCUGUUUGAGUUCGUACCCUUCCCUCUUACAUGGCCAGUUACAGCCACAACUGAGCACCUCCCCCCGGAGACGAACCCAGCUUUCACCACUAAAUCUGCCCAUUGGCCCAGAGUCCCGCAGGCACCUCUCCAAACAGUUCUCCCCCACCAUCUCCACCACGCUGUCUGCCAUCACACAGGGUGUUCCUUUGGAUACCAGUAAGCUGUUGAUGGACCAAAGAUUACCACAGUACUCCUACAGUCAGUCACAGCAGGCCCAGGGCACUGAUGUCCAAAAAGGCUGCUCCUCGCCACAGUCAGCACUGCCAACAGGCCAGCACCAACAAUUACAGCCACAGCAGCAACAACCAGGCCAGCCACCACAGCGCCACGCGCAUUGCCCGCAGACCCAGGUGUCAUCGCAGGCCAUGCAACUGCACAUGCAAAACAUGCAGAACCUGCGCAAAUCUCAGAACUUUCAGUUGCAGCAGCAGCUUCAGAGGCAGGGCUCCCACCUUCAGCCACAGCCGCAACAGAACCAGAAUCACAGCAGUGCCGUAGAUACGCAGGGGCCAGUGAACUCGCAGAGUAUCCAGGAGCCAGACACGCAGACACCAGCCCCCAGCCAGGUGGAUGAGCAGUCUGCACAGCAAGAGCAGCAGAACCAGAGUCUCCCUCAGCUCCAACAGAUCAGCCAGUCUCUUGCCAGUGAUCUUGGGCUUUACAAUGAGUCUUUGUUAUUGAACUCUCUGCUGGAUGAUCCAUACCUGGGCCUACAGCUCACUGGCAGACAAAAUCAGAACUUUUCUCAGCAGUUCAGUAUUGACUCUCAGGUAGAGGGUUUGUCUUUUAACCACAAUCUGGGCUCUGGCACCGUUGGUAAGGGCCAGGACAGCUCAUUCUCUAGCCAUCAAGGGGUGCUAGACUUGCUGGAGUCUGCAGAGCAACAGUUCCUCAACCCCAAUCAAAACCAGAACUAUGGCAGUGGACGACACCCUGUCCCGAACAUCAUAUUGACUGGUGACUCUCCUCCUGGUCUGUCCAAGGAGAUCACCAGCGCUUUAUCUGGGGUGCCAGGUUUUGAGAUGGACCCAUUCUGUUCAGAUGACCCUCUCAGGAUGGACCCGCUGGCUCUGGAUGGGCUUGGCAUGCUUACCGAUGGAGACCUGCUGGCUGAUCCUGCUGUGGAAGACUCCUUUCGUUCUGACAGACUCAAGUGAACGAGGGGAAGGAAAAAUGGAGAAGAAGCGGGGGGAAUAGGAUGAGUGGAAGCUGUGGUAUUCAGGAGGAAACAGAAAGAAACAUAGCACGAAACCCCGUAGCAUGUCUGAGAAAGGAGUACCGUCUUUAAGGCAUUCCAGUGGAAUUUUUUCAGUCUCCACCAUCUGUAGGCUUGAAACUGUUGAACCGAUUCCUGAAUGGGACCAAAUGUUUCUUGAAAAACUGUUGGUCCAGCUGUUUAUUCUCUAUGCGCCAGGCACUUACUGAGAUUUCUCUUGUGAUGCAAGUAAAUGUAGGCAUUAGCUUGUCUAAAUCCUUUCUGCAUGUUAACAGAUGCACUUCAGAUUACAUGACUCUCACACUGGCGUCAAGCAUGUGAUACCGGCUCGCUGGGAAGGAUAUUCAACUUGAAAAUCUGUGAUAGGAGAUGCUCCUUUUUUGUAUUUGUUACGCUCUCCCAAGUGAGGAUCCUGGAAAACAGGCCAAGUUUCUCAGUGCACUCACUGAAGAGGAAUCGCCAAAAAUGAAUAUGACCAACUUGACCAUGUCACUGUACACCACUGAUCGUGAAGCUUAUGCUUUGUACUAAAAGAGUAUUUAUUAAUUCCAAACUGAAACAUGGUUGUUCAGUGAGAUGGUUGUCUAUUUUUCAUGGCCUCACCAUCAAUUUAAAUUUGCCUUGUUACAUAACAAGGCUUUGAUUAUGCUGUAAAGCUGCAAAGCCCCAAAAGUGGCUUUGAUUUAGUAACAGACUCUCAUUGCACCCAAGUGUCUAGAAAAAGAUUGCAUUUUUGCUCAGAGACAAACAUAUAUUUACUCAAGAUGAGAUUUGUCUGAGAAUACCCCCAGAUUUUUUUUGUUGUUUAUGCUUCAUAUGAAGCAUAAAGCCUGUGUUUUGUGGACGUGAUGUGACGGUGGCAGUUUAUAAUAGCAGUUUGUGUCAGUGCUGCUGUCUUUUGUGUCCGGCUGAGCUGAAUUUAUCUCCCGUGUGCCCCCCUCCUUCCCUAACUGAACUGAAAGCUGCAGCCCUGCUAGUAUAACACAGCAUAUGCUGUUGCAUUGCAGUUGCAUGAACUGAUUUCUCAGAAGGGUGAUCUGCAUCCAAAUGGACACAUGUUGAUGUGUUAGUGUUCUAAUGACUGUCCCUCGUGUGGUUUGCUUAUGUCUGGUGGAAUGUGUGUGUUUGGAGCCAGAGAAUGCAGUCAGAUUUUUUCCGUCACUGUGAUAUGCAUCUCUUACUGCUCCCCCUGCCUGCCUUUGCACAUGCCCACUCCUGAACAAGGCCAUAUUCAAAGGACUACAUAUUUUAUGUAACAAAUAGUGUGUACUAUGAAGUUUAUUUUUUAACAGAUUAAAUCUAGAUGUACGUGUAUAUAAAUGUAUUCGUAUAAUAAGUCUAUAAAUUAAGGAAGAGAAGCCUAUUUCUGAUGGAAUGCACCAAAGCGUUGUCAUUCAGCAGGUUGAGUUUUAUUUGUUGAAGCCACAGGAUAUUUGAGUCUGCUUUGUCUAUUUGCCUUCUGUGUCAGUGUUGUUUGCUUCACAUUUUUAUUAGGUGUUGUUUUUUUUUUGUUUGUUUUGUUUUUUAAACCAUCGUUGAUAUUUUUAGAAAAAUUUGUAUAGUUGCAGUGUUCAGCAUCCCUUCACUGCUAUUUGCUUGUUACUAACUGCACUUACAUUGGCUAUAAAUUUUCCAUGUGAAAUAGAAGCAUAAACAUGUCGAAGAAAUGCCGGAAUGUCCGCUGCAGGAAGCCUUUUGUUUUACUGUAAUUAUGAAAAAAAAACAGGUAGAUGGGGAAAGGAUAAAAGUACUGUGCGCAUCACCGUGGUACCUUUUUAAAGGCCCGUGCAUUUGUAGUGAUGUAGUUCCCAGUAUUGUUUUGGCAGUAAUAACUGUUUAUCUAGCACUUUUAUACAUUUCAAACUAAAUUGUGUACCAGCAUGACCAAAAAGACAAGCAGAUCAAGAAAAACAACACAGACAAAAAGAUUACAAUGCAUGCAAUUGUUAAAACAGACUUGAACAGUGUGCAGAUGCCAUAUAAAUCAGAUGAAUUUCUGCAAUAAAAUCAUCCAAGGCUAUAUAAGUGCCUGACAUCUAAAAUACAUUUGGAUUACAUAGAAACAAAAUACUGCUGGUUGGCUUUUAUAACAUUCAGUAAGGCUGCACUUGCUUGGGACCAACUGGUAACAUAUCCUGUCGGUACAUUCGGAAAUGUGUAAAGGUGCUAGACCACAGAACCGUCAAGUGAUACUUCAUGUCUUUUGCACACAUCUUUUUCUGAGCCUUUCACAUGGUUUACAAAUCAUAAUUAGAUUUUAAAUGCACUGUGAAAUUCUAGAGUGACUAAGGAGCAGAAAUUCACUUUGCAUAGGUUUAUAGUAUAGAAAUAGUACCUUCAUUAGUUCAUUCAACUCCAGUUGACAAAACCAGUCAUAUAAAAACAGUGAAAGGAAGACGAAAAAUGUUUUGUGCAAAAAUUGAGUGUUGCUUUGAAAAUGCAAUAGAAGAAAUUUAAGAUCAACCCAGACUGAAACAUUUAGUCACUGUAAUGAUACUAGCACAGAUAUAAAGGUAUUUCUUAGUUUUUGUCCUAGCAGCUGCAUUUUGAACAAGCUACAGUGUGUAUCAGUGUCUUUUUUUUUUUGCAUGAUUGAAAACUCUUAGCAUGUUGAGUCACUGUCUGCUUUUAGUUGGCAGGAAGGUCGCAGGUUUGAUUCCCAGAGCCGACAGUACAUGACUGAGCUCUGAGCAAAGCACCUAACCCCCAACUGCUCUCUGGGCGCUGCGGAUAGGGCUGCACACCACUCUGGGCAAGUGUGCUCACUAGAGUGUAUGUGGUGUUUCACUUCAUGGCUGGGUUAAAUGCAGAGGUGAAAUUCCCCCGUUGUGGGAAUAAUAAGGGCCACUUAAUCUAAUCUAAUUUGUGCAGUGUUCCUGUGCUUAAAGGAAGUUUUUAGCAUUUACCUUUUUAGUGGCAUUAUGUGGGGGCAAAUCAGAGUUAAGAAUAGCAGCUACACUUCAGGCACGUGCUGUAGGGCCAGAUCCUGUAAUUUGCAUAAUACUUUUACAUUCUAGGUCAUCUUUAACACCAGCUGUGUUGGGCUGAAAGCAUAGUGAUGUGCGCAAAAGUCCUAUACGGGUCAUCUGCCAUCUUGUUAUGUAUGCAGUGUCUUUACGUAAAGUAGCCUUAUGCUUGCACUAAUUUACAUUUCUAUAACUUUGCUUAAAAAUACUGCAGGUACUCAAGAUAGGUUUCCUUUCCAUUCCUCUGGGACUGCAAUCUUACUUGUUUUAAGCUUGUGGGGUUUUUUUUUUUUUUUUUCUUCAAAAUCAUUUGAUUAAAUUCAGGUAAUCAGAUAAUGCAAUUUUAAUCAAGAUUUGCUGCAUUGAUGGUAUAGGGAAUGCUGUGGUGCUUGUCAGGGUUUGGAAAGCUGAUUGUGGAUAUUAGUAUAGGACAGGGCCAACAGUUCCUGGAGGGUUUGGAGUCCAGCACAAGAGAGUUUCCUUGCUUAAACUGACUAAAAUUUGCAUUUAGCUGAUGAGUUGAGUCUUGUGUGUUCUAGACCCAGGAGUGUAACUGAUGGCUGCUGGAGUGAGUAGUUGCCUAAGUGCUCCCCAGACUAUGUUUCUUGCUUGCUUCACUAUACCUUUUUAUUGCUUACUAGACUGAGACUAGUACUGCGUCUGAAACCCUAUACUAUACCGAGGGAUGAGCAAUGUGAUAUUGUGAUCACAGUAGGCUUUCCUGUUUUUUUGUUUGUUUGUUUGUUUGUUUUUUUUUGUUUUUUUUCCCCUCCAUUUUGGAUAUAAUCACUACCUUUUAGAGAACUCAAAAAAAUUGCUUAAAUCUUUAAAAAGAGCCUGUAAACAAUCACCAUCAGUAUAUAUAUAUUAACUGGAUAAAGUGCCUGAUUGAGUGUCAGCCCAUCAUGCCAGACUCUUGUUUUGUUAAUUUAUUUUACCAAUUGUUUGGUAGAAUUCAAAUUUCAGGAAAGCUAAAUAUUAUGAUACUGCAACAAUGUUCUCAAGUGUUUAUUGUGAGAUUAAUAUAAAGCAACAUUGCCCAUCUAUAUAUUUAUUGAAAGUAUGAUGUUGAUGCUGGUAUUUAUGGUGGUAUACUCUGCUUGAAUUGCUAUUCAGCAUGGAGGUGUGUGUUUUUGGACUCGGGCUAGAUUGCCCCUGUAACACAGUGUCCUAGUUCAUCUUAAAUAUGUAGAUCAGACAAUCUUAAUGUGCUCUCUUAUAAGAGACCAAAAGUCAGGGAUAUGUGGAGACCGCUCCAGAAUUCAUGAAGUAUGCUUGUUAAAACCGGCGCAGGUCGCUGCUACAGGUGAUGCCAUUUUAAUUUUACCCACUUUGUUAUGAAUUUGCAUUUUGUAUGAUUCUGAGAGGUUCCCUAGCCAUCAAGAGCCUCUCAUGAGAUCUGUUUACUACAUAAUCGCACGGUUUCAAGGUUACUGCAUGUGGUGUAAUCAGAGCUAUGACUCCUAACCCAACACUCAAGCUCCAUAUGUCUGUUCUGUUUCAGUCCCUGCCUUAUUCCACCUGCAGUCUCACCUCCAGAUUUUGCAUGCAUAGUUUUUUAGUCCCAGAGGACUGGGUUGGGAGAUAUCAAGGAAAGCUGUGAUUAGAAAGUGAGUUGGAAAAAGGAUGUUAUGCAGUGGCCUCAGUUGAAGCAGCAAAGGCUUUGUUUGUUACUGAGUGAUACUGACUGAGUAUUUUCAGAGUUUGAAAAUUAUGGAUUAGUUUCUACUUGAGACUACACAAAGUUUGGAAAGAUUUUAGAUCACAACUGUGGGAGCUAUUUUCAUGAAACAUAGAAAGGAAAAAAAACUUUUUUAAAAAACAAAAAAAGAAAUUAUUUUCUUAUGUUGCAAAUGCAUGUGUAACGGUUAUAUGCACGCUUUUGACCUCUAACUGCACUGCAGAAUGAGACUUGGACUUGCCAUCAAUGUAUUAAAUGAAAACCCACUGCAAGGGUCAUUAAAGUGCAGUUCUGUUCUCUGCCAGAAAGGGGUAGCUGUUGAACAGCUAAUAAGAGCUAAACCAGAGGUCUGAAGACAUUUUGCCAUGUUUAUGGACGAGAUUAAAAAUGUUCUCUAUUCCGUUUUCUGUGUCAUUAUGUGCUUGAUCUUGCAAUUGUUUUGUAGUCUUACCUUUAUUUCUAGGGUCAAUAUGGAAAGAAAAAGAAAGAAAAUGUCUGCUUUUUAAGUCAUUUACAAUCUUUACUCUUAAUUUUCUUUAUUUUGAUAACCAGGGAAUCCAUAAUGUUGUAAAUAAUACACCUAAACCAUAGGUGCUUCUAACAGAAUAUUUUUAAGACUGUAUCCUCACGAUAUUUUACAAAAAAAGAAAAAUAAAGAAUUUAAUUGAAUGUG